AUUAUAGAAGUUUUUGAAAUCAUAAUAUGGAAUGGUAUUUUAGAAAUUAAUUACAGUUAUGUAUAUUUGUUUAUUUAGUUAGUCCGAGUGGAAUAAGACGAAAUGGAAGAACGAGCAUCAGCAAUUGAAAGAUUUUCAAAAUGCAUUGAAACAGCUGAAACCUUUGUAGCCGAUAUGCUCGCACAAUUCAAUUGGAGUAGAGAUUCAUUAAAGGAAACCAGCAAGAUUGCAUCAAAACCUAAAAAAGAACCGAAAUUCGAGUUUCAACAAUCAUGCUUAAAAGCGAACGAUCCUUAUUCGGUUAGAAUUGAUCAAACCACGCAAGAAGCAAUAAUAAAUAACACAGCUCUUGAUGAUAAAACUAGCCAUGAGAUUGACUCAUUGCAUAACGCAAGAUACAUUCCUUCAAGCUUUGAGGAUCUGGUAACGAAUUUUACUGCAGAGGAUAGACUAGCUAUUUAUCAAUAUGUGAUAGAUAAAACCCCAAAGACGAAUCAUGUUGCCGAAAUUGAAAUGAGGUUUAAGAAAAAAGAUAAAGAUGAAAAACCUACGUCGCUAGCCGAAAUUGCGGCCUACCGAAGGGAGACGCGUCGUCGAAACCCAAAAUAUCGAGUAGCUAAAAACCCCCUCAGUUACAAGGAGGAAAUCGCACAAUUGAUACAGCUGCAAACUGAAACUAUGGCCGAGUAUCUCAACCAAUCCAAGUCGAGCAAAAAGGGUCGAAAGUAUGAAUUGAAGGAAACAAACGAUAAACACCGUAAACGAACCAAGCGAUCAAAGUCACGGGAUCGACAAUCGUCGCGUGAUCAUAGAAAGAGAAGUAGAAGAGAUUAAAACAGCAUUUAGGAAUGUCUAUGAUGGUUACGUGAUCAUCACUAGGUUAAAUGAAAGAA